GAAUGAACAAAGGCCAUGUGCUACGUGCGGUUUCUUACUUUCUCCCUCAGUGUUGCAGCUGCUCUGCUGACUGUGGCGCGGUUUUUGGUGCCUCGGCCAACGACCGGGCUUCAGGAAAAGAGGGAGACCACAGAGAGAGACGAACAGAGUGAGGACCAAUUCGACCAGUUCACCACAGAGACAACAGGAGUCACAGGAGUUGUCACCAGGGAGUCAGCUGGGGCUGGGUCAGCUGGAUCAGCUGGGGCUGGCCAAAUCGGCUCAAGUCUGUCGCAAAAAUGUGACGAUUUGCUGGGCAACUGGAACACGAGUCAGGAUUUCCCGGUGAUGCUCCUAUCAGCUGAUACGAAGGGACGCUUUGGAAACGAACUCUUUGUCACUACUACUGCCCUGAUUCGUGCACAACUGACCAACCGUCCUGUGAUGCUGAACCCCCAGCUGCUAAAGGCAAAAAAGAAGCGCCAGAUACUGAAACUGCCUUGCAUACACAGGGCCCUUCGUCUGCCCAUGCCCCACAUGUGUCCUGGUUGCACAGGAAAUCUCACAGAGAUUUGGGACGAUAGGAGCGAUGCUUGCAAUUUUGGCCGUGGCUGUUUCGAGCUCCUCCAGUCCCAGAAGCGCUUUGUUGACAUUGACCCUGGAUACCACCAGAACCUGACCGAGUGGGAGAAGCCACCCUUGUCGUGGCGACCGCUGCUAGCUACGGCCUUCCAAGUAGACAUGCCGUUGACUGGAAUCGCGCUGCCUGGCGACAAGGAUUUAGUGGUGUACUACCGGAGCUACAAUGGGGCAGCAAUAUUUGACGUUCGGGCUUGGGGUGCGACCUUCCUGCACAGUCCCCCCUUUUCUUUCUUUGAUUUUGCUUGGCAGCAACAUCAGAAAAGUAAUGCCGGUGGGAAACUGUGGGUGGUCUCCGACCCUGUGAUGUAUGAGCACCCCACCUUGCUGCGCUUGUGCAAUGAGUUGGGGGCGGAAAUAGUGAGAAGCACAUCAGAGGCGGGGAAAGACGCCUGGUUGGCAGAUUGGGUUUGGUUGAGAGAGGCCAAGCAUCUGGCCAUGUCUGCAAGCACUUUCUCGUGGUGGGCUGCAUACCUUAGCGAUGCUAAGCGCAUCUACUACCCCUUUUUCCCGGGAAUGGCAGCUCUGCCCUGGUGUGACCUUAUGGUUGUGGGAGAUCCCAGAUAUUUGUACUAUGACAUCUUUACCAAUGCCAGUUUCAACGAUGGAGCAGUGGCAAAGGACCACUGCCUAGAGUACGUUCGUUGCAGAGGAGUUCAGUGUGCCAUGAAGAAACAUCGCCGGGCAAUCGCAAACUUAUACCCAGAGCUGUUGGCCCUAAAGAAUUCCAAGGAUGAAACCGCCCUCAGAGCAGUGCCACCUUGAGUAGCGCACCGGAAAAA